GUUGUUUUUAUUUACUCCCAUGAGAAUGAAGGGAUACAACAUUUUCUUGAUUUUUAUGAUUUACGAGUUUGGCUCCGCAUUUGCGAAAUGUCCCAAUCACUGGAUGCGAUAUUCAAACAACUGUUAUCUUUUUGUUACUCGCUACCCUAUGGAAUGGAUUGACGCAAUGACAUUUUGCAGAUCUUACGGAGCAAUGUUGGCAGAGAUAAAAUCGUUUGCCGAAGACUACUUUCUUCGGCAUGAAGCUAGACGACUUGGAGGAAAUUUUUGGCUCGGUGGCUCAGAUAUCCUUGUUGACAGAGUAUGGAAAUGGAUGAGCAGUAAAACCUCAUUUUCUUAUUCUGGCUGGGCGAGUGGCGAACCCAACGUUUCCUAUGGAGCGGGUGAACAUUGUGUGCAUUUAUAUAAAGAUCGUAAUUAUUAUUGGAAUGAUGAACGUUGUGAAAACAGAUUUAAUUUUAUCUGUCAAAGAGCUGCAUAAUUUUCAACUUUGUUUAGGAAUCU